CAGUAGAACUGCAAGGCCUGCCAGCAGCAGCAGCAUCCUACCGACCGACGACCACACGCACAACACUCUCACACAGGCUACCGAUUGGGCCGCUGGUGGUGCGGGUCUUCCCCUGAAGUGAGCCGGACACUCGUAUUUUGGAUUUGUUUCGUGAAAUAACUCCCGAGACACCGCGAAUUUACUCCCGCCGUCAUUCGCCUCGGACUUGCCGUGUAGACGGCAAAACCUAGAACAUGGAUAUGGAAUCGAAACGAGAGGAGUUCAGAAAGUAUCUGGAGAAGGGUGGCGCCCUGCAAGCUCUCAAUUGCGCGCUGGCACGUCUCUACGAAAUGCAAGAGAAACCUCCGGAUCCGUUGUCGUUCAUCGCGGAGCUUCUGCAGCAAUACGCAGACACCAGCAAGCUCGAGGAGGCCAAGGAGGUCACACCGUCCAAGCCGAAUGGAACCCCCAUAGGGAACGGAGCCCUCAUCGAAGAUGGAUAUGAGGCAUCGUUCUUAAGCGACAAAGAUGAUAUGAUGGAGGACGACGGGACCAUGUCGCGCUUGUGAACGCCAACUGUAGGCGAUCAAAAGUGUAUCAGCGCAUACCAAAGGACAAGAGAACAGGAUGAAGCGGAGGCCGCCACCGUCGACGGAUCAAGAUGACAAUUUCCCCCUCCGAUAUCAAUUGAACCUGACGCAAGACGCCAAGCGGGGGAGUUCGCAAGCCACGAAUAUUCUGCGUACCUAGCGGGAAAUUGCUCCGAAAUUUGUCAAUGUCGGCCCGCAGGACCCGAUCGGCGCUUUGUGUCGGAUACCGUGAGAAUCCAGUCGGGCAAGUCAGCGAUCCGACGGCAGCCGCUGCUGUAAUAGACUCAUUCGAGUGAGAGACGACGUUCUGGCAACGCCGCAGGCCAAUGUUUAGGCAGGUUAUGGAAAAUGAGCUCAUCAUCAAAUCACCUUAACUUGAUCCGUGGUGCAGUCAAGAAGACAUUGUGUUUAUCAUCCUACAACGAAUGCUCAGUGUAAAUAUCAUGCAGAUGAGGACACAGCUCGCAGCUGCGAACG